CAAAAUUUCAAUAAAAAAGGCGGAGCUGCAGUACUUGGCGUUUUCGAUUCCCUCCCGAAAUUUCACUUCCCCCUCCCCGACUUGCACUCCCGCCGAUUUUUCUUUGCCAAAAGUUAAACUUCCCACUUGUUUUUCUGCACACAAAUUCCCACUCUGGCCUCUAUUUUUUCAUUGACCUACCUCUCUCUCUCUCUCUCUGCAUCUCUUCCUCAUCGAAUUCAAUCACCACAGACGAGUAUUCUCUCUCCUUCUCGAUCUGUCUAUACGGUUUUCUUCUUGCCAGAUCUGUGAGCUUUGGUGCUGGGUAACAAUUGUUUCUUCAUGAUUCCCCGUUGGUUUGCUUUCACCAGGAUCUGUGAGCUUUCUCCGUUGCCGUUAACGAGGAUCCGAUCUAAGAGUCUUGACUGGCGGUGGCUUUCUUCUCAUCCAAAUCAGAAUUAGAUGGAUGCCAAGCCUAAACCCUCUCAUCCUCUUUGCAGUGCUGUCGCCGUUAUCUCUCCGCAAACCACCGACCUCACCGCCUACCCUAGACGCCUCCGCGAUGCCGUUCUUCACCCAUAUCAUCCACCGUCCUCACCAAAUCUAACUUUUGGUGAUGAUGAUCCUGACAAGAGAAACAAACUAGUUCAGGACUUGAAUGAUUUAACUGGAGAAGGAAACAUUGAUAGUAUGAUUGCAGUUGAAAUGGGAUUGAAGGAGCUUGCUUUCCUGAAGUGUACUGCUUGCAUUAGCCCAACAAAACUCUGCUUGGUUAUUUUGCCCUCUGCAUCGAAGAAGUAUGGUAAACCUAUCACCACGUGUGUGAAGGUUUUAGAUAUGACUGGUGGUCCGAAAGGAGGAGGUUUGAAAUUGCUGGAUUGGUUGCCACUGUCUUAA